AUGGCACUCUUGGCCCUUGUGCUAACCCUCGGACUUGCAAACCCGGCAUGGGCGCACGUCAAUCCCGACCGCCAUAACGCAGUGACCGCCCAUGGCACCAUCAUGGGCUUUGCAUUCGCUGUCCUCUUCCCACUUGGAGCAAUCCUCAUCCGUACGGCAUCGUUCCGUGGACUAGUGUGGAUACAUGCUGGAAUCCAGGCAUUCGCCUAUCUACUGGCAUUGGCUGGUCUUGGUUUGGGAGUUUACAUCGCCAUCUACCCCGAAUCGCAGCUCACCGCUAGUAAUGGUCAUCCCAUCAUUGGCAUCAUCGUUGUCGGAGCUCUCGUCUUUCAACCAAUCGGAGGCCUCAUUCAUCAUUAUAUGUAUAAGAAGUAUCAUCGACGUACCAUAUGGGCAAUCACGCAUGUCUGGUGGGGUCGGAUCAUCUUGACUUUGGGAAUCAUUAAUGGUGGCUUGGGCUUGAUGUUGAGUGGGAACACGGUCAAGGGUGAGAUUGCCUACGGAGUUAUUGCUGGUGUGAUGUGGCUCAUCUGGAUGGCUGUUGCUGUUUGGGGACACUUGAGAUCGAGGGGCACAUCUGGCGAAACAGGAGAGAACGCAUUGGGUCACAGUGAUGCCGGGUCCAGUCCCAGUCCCGAUCGCUUGAUGAAGUACCAUACAUAUGAUAGAGAUCUGACCGCUCCCGUCGGCAUCCCAAUAGUCAGCAUACCCAAAGUCGACCAUGACAAAUUACUUCGUAUGGUACAAGAAUACACAAGUCUUAAAGAUGCACUGUGCAAGGGAGGUAUUGAACCGGAAACUCUCGAGGUUCUCAUCCGUGGCGAAACUGUCCCAAUAUCUCAAUUUGACACCCUCAUCGACGAUGACGACCAACCAGCGUCUGGAUGCGCGGACCCUUACGAUCGCCUCCAAAGGACUCGGAUUACCAUGAGCCAACCCUCUGGCCACUCAUGGGCUGAUUCUGCGCCUGAAUGGCCUCCAAAGAACUCGGCUGGCGGCUCUAGGGUUAAUCUGAAAGGGAAAGGAGGCUUCUACAAUCAUCACAAUAGCUCUGCGCUGGAGGUUGAAAGUGCUUUCACACCCGAUUUCGAGAAGGAUGAUCCAUAUCUUGCCGCACCGCAGCCGGAGAGAAAGCGAUUCGCCAAGAUGGAACAGCGCACAAUAUUUGCUAAGAAUCUCUCGGUCCGUGCAACGCACAAGGAUAUCGCCAAUCUCGUACGAGGAGGGCUUAUUCUGGAUAUAUACUUACGCUCCCACGAGCGCACCGCUAGCAUCUCAUUCGUCGAAGGAUCCGCAGCCCAGGAAUUUAUGAAUUAUGUCAAGCGCAACGACAUAUAUGUACAUGGGAAGAGGCUCGCAUUCUCGUGGAGCGAACGUCAAUAUAAGCUUCCCCCACAUGUUGCAAACAAGAUAGGCAUUGGAGCCACUCGAAACGUCGUCAUACGUGGCAUCCACGGAAAUAUCACCGAGGAGCUUAUUAGGGAUCAUUUGGACCAUAUCCACAACAUCGUGGUUAUCAGUGUUUCUUUCAAGGACGGUGACGCCUACAUCUCUCUUAACUCUAUCAAUAACUCGCUCUUUAGUCGGACAUGUAUGAUGUCUCGAGCGACAUACAAGGGCAUGAGGAUUGAAUGGUAUCCUGAUGAGUGCUCUCAACCUCUGCCGAAAAUGCAGUACGCUCCGAAGACAGAUAAUCUAGCACAACCACAGCCUAAGAAUUUCACUUCUGCCAUGAACCGUUUCCAGAUGCUCAACAUGGAUAAUGAUGGGACCGAGGUUGACUCGGAGGAGACAGAUGAGGAGCCCACAGUGCUUUCGGAUCUCUCGUCUAUGAACAUCAACAGCCAUCGAUCGCCAUGGAACUCUCAAACGGUUGCCGCUUGA